UAAUGAAUUUCAUACAUGUCUAGUCUGACUCCAAGGUCCAUUCUCUCAAGGAAUGAACUAACGGAAAAAUAUAUUCCCACUCCAAAUUUGCCUUUGGGUCAAUCUUUAUUUUACUUCUCAGGUUUUGCAAACAGAUAUGAGUUGAAAAAGUUAUCCGAGGAAAGCUUGACACGACAACCCGAAGAGGUUUUUGACAUAAUCUGCAAGCUUGGUGAAGGAUCUUAUGGUUCCGUUUAUAAAGCAUUGCACAAAGAGAGCGGGCAGGUGCUUGCGAUCAAGCAAGUACCUGUGGAUACGGAUUUACAAGAGAUAAUAAAGGAGAUUUCAAUAAUGCAGCAAUGCGAUUCACCGUAUGUAGUGAAAUACUAUGGAAGCUACUUCAAGAACACGGAUUUAUGGAUUGUUAUGGAGUAUUGUGGCGCCGGUUCUGUCAGUGAUAUAAUGAGGCUGAGGAAGAAAACCCUGCAAGAGGAUGAGAUAGCUACGAUAUUAUGUGAUACUCUUAAGGGUCUUGAAUACCUCCAUCUUAGGAGGAAAAUCCAUAGGGACAUCAAAGCCGGAAACAUCUUACUCAAUACUGAGGGGCAUGCUAAGCUGGCUGAUUUUGGUGUAGCUGGACAGUUAACGGAUACUAUGGCUAAGCGCAACACUGUUAUCGGAACUCCGUUCUGGAUGGCACCGGAGGUAAUUCAGGAGAUUGGAUACGAUUGCGUCGCGGAUAUAUGGUCAUUGGGUAUAACAGCUCUAGAAAUGGCAGAAGGAAAGCCACCGUAUGGUGACAUUCAUCCAAUGCGUGCAAUUUUCAUGAUCCCCACCAAACCCCCACCAAGUUUUAGAGAACCUGACAAAUGGAGUGCAGAGUUCAUAGAAUUCGUUAGUGGCUGUCUCGUCAAAAACCCUGAAGAAAGGGCGACAGCCACUGAACUGCUCAGUCAUGAAUUUAUAGAAGGCAAUGCGAAGCAGCCAAGUAUCCUUAGUCAAAUGAUAGCGGAGGCACAUGAAAUUAGAGAAAAACAGACCAACCGAGCACACGUUAUUAAUAAUGUGGCUAUUAAGGGAAAAAAUCAUGCUGAUGAUUCGGACGAAGAAGACUGCAGUGGAACUAUGAAACCCCUUCCAGAAGAUGUCGGGACCUUGGUACCAGGUGUAGAUCUCCCUGACACAGGCACUCUAGUUUCUGCAAUGUUGGAUCUAGGAACAAUGGUUAUUAAUAGUGACACGGACACAGAAGCAACAAUGAAAAGGCAUAACACAGGAUCAGUGGAGUCUGGAAAGAAGUAUCGUCCCUUAUUUCUUGAUCAUUUUGACAAGAAGGAAGCAACUGAGAUUGGCAAUGACAAUGGCCACAUUCUUGCCGCACAUAGUACAGAAACAGAACCUAAAGUGGAACAACAGAGUCCAACAGAAUCUCAAAGGUUUCAAAGCCAUCUACAGCUACAACUCAAUCAAAUAUCAUGUCCUGUGCAAGAGCCGGCUCACAAUAACAUAUCGAAAUUUCAAAAUGCCUUCACAGAACGAGACUUUGAUUUCAUAAACAAGCAUGUCCUUCAGCUGAAGUUCCUCUCAUACGAGGAGCUGCAGCAACGCAUGGCCAGCCUGGAUGCAGAAAUGGAACGUGAGAUAGAUGAAUUAAGACGGAGGUACCAGACAAAGAGGCAGCCAAUUCUUGAUGCCAUGGAUACCAAGCGAAAGCGUCAGCAAAACUUCUAACGCUUCGUAUGAGGCUUCAGGCUAAUGUUUGCACGAGAAACUGUCGUGCCCGACGCCUGAGAAUGCUUACAUACAUAUGUAUACCCAUAUCAACGUGUCGACAUUGCGCUUCAAGCAUUGUAAAACAAUGGAUCUCUGCUACCUGCACAUCCCGGUGAUCUUGCUGGCCAAGUUUUGUCCUUAUGAAGGCAGAGAAGGUGUAUCGGAUGGGUUUCGAAUUGUCUUGAAUAAUAUUGUUACGUAACUUUCCCAUGAUCAGCUCAUUUUAGAAGUAUACACUUUUAGUACGCGGUGAGUUUUUUCACCCAAUACAUGUCUCGUAACUCAAUAACUAGCAUUUAAUAGUUUUAGUUUGAGUAGUUCUGCACUUACACUACCUACCAUACAUACCGAUGUGCCAAAAAAAAAAACAAACAACAAAACAAAAACAAAACAACAAAUAAGUAAAGAUGGAGAAGGAUAGAUUUCUAAUUUCAUAUGGAUAGGUAAGACAAUAGAUUCGCACCUCCCGUAGUAUGCAUAAGCUUUUAAUCAUUGAGUCCGUGAUGCAGGAAAUUUCCGGAUUAUAGUGAGAUUGAAAACAGUUUCGUGUCACAAAUGAUGACAAUGAGGUCGAGUAUCUCAAUUUAUAAACUGGCAGUAUUCAUCGAUAUACUGAUUACAAAUGACUUAUGACUCGAGUUUUUUUGCAAUUGAUUUGUCUAUCAGGUCUGGAGGGAUAUCUAAAUAUUUGCCUUAUUGAAGUAAAUAUCAUCAGGUAUAGCAGCACGAAUCAAUUUUGAAAUAAUGAAAUAUCAAAUUGGAGUUAUAAAAAUAAAGUGUAUCGACGACGUUGCUCUAUUUUUUUAGAUAAUAAAUAUGUAGUAUUAUAUAGUUAACCAUAUAGUCAAACUGACAUUAGUACACGUACUUUUUUCACUAAGAACACAUAAUCAAGGAUAGAAUAAUCUUGUAUAUUUUUAUACCUACGUAGAAAUCGUGUACCAUUGUAAAGUUGUAUUACUUUACAACGUCCACCUUUGUCAAAAUCUUUUCCAGAAUUUAUUUAUUACUUUUUUUUUAAGUCAAUCUAGUGCAGAUGACGUUGACUGUGAAUUUUUUUUUUUAUAGCAUUACAUUUAAUAUAGGUUUGCAUAUUUGUAUGGAAGUGAAUAAACCAAUGUGCUUGCAUAUUGAAUAUUAUAAUUUAAUUAAUGAGAAAUACCUCCAAAGUUAACAUUGCUGUAUCACCAACAGGCAUUAGAUGAUAAUAAAAUUUUACGUAUUUAGUAUAAAUAUAAAAAUUUAUUCAUUUUGCGUAUUUUUACAAGUAAUAAUUAUAAAAUUGCAUUAUUCCAGAAAAUAUCUUGUGGCAAACAGUUUUCUGUUCUACGUGCUUCCUAAUAUUUAUAAUGAAAACUAUCAUAGUAUUGUACGCUGUUAUUUCCUUAGAUAAAUUGGUACAUUAAUUUAUUACAAGUAUUGGCAUCAAACUUUAGUGGCAAUAUUUCGAACAGUUAUCACUAUAUACCUAGAUAUGUUUUGUCAUAUUGACUGCAUAAUUUAAAAGAAAGUAAUAUUUGUUUAUUUUGUUACGUUGCGAUUUAUUUAAUGGACUAUUAAUUAUUAUGAAAAUACGUUGUUCAUUCUAUUAUUAUACAUGUUCUUAUAUCACAGUUUUAUUACAGACUAUCUAUCUGUGUGAUAUAAUAAAAAUUGUAUAAUCUCAUUAUUAUAAACAAAUCGAAUUCAUAAGGCUGCACAUUUAAGAACCAUAUAAAAGAUCACGAUUAUAACAGUAGAUGCAUGCUUUACACGAUUCAGCUAAUCGACUGUUCUUUUUUCAAUUUUGAACUGUAAGUAUGAAUAUUGUAUAGAAUGUUCAGUUUUUCUCAUUAUCACACAAUAUGGAGAUAUUGCUAUUUGAGAAUGGUGUUAUCGUUUGAUCAAACACACUUAAACAAUUCACUAAAGUCAUGCUCUAAGUGAAUAGAUAUAGUUUUAUUAUCAAUUAAUAUUAAUCAAUAAGUAAAAAAUUAAUGUUCUUAUCAUACAAUCUAGUAUUAAGUAGUGUUUUCAAUACACUGUAUCAGCUCCACUCAAAAGGUGACAGUGAUUUAAUUAAAACUUAUUUUCUACAGGACGUAUAAUCAUCUGAUUCAUAUACAUGAAUAUGUAUAUCAAUUAUUCAGUAAUAACUUACAUUAUCGAAUUUUUUUUUUCCAUAAACAAUAUACCCUUAAAUCUUACGGAAUACGCCAUAUUUGAGCACGUUUUCACCCUUCCGAUAAUUUUAUAUCGCACAGAUUUAUCCAUCGAAAUGCGAACAGCGAAAUUAGGGAACCAUAAUAGGAAAAACUCUGUGACAGUGUUCAACAUAAUUUCUAAA